GGUGAAACAGUUUGUGAUUCUUCGUCACUGAAGAGAGACACAGACUGAAGGACAGACGAUCAGAUUCACCUUCAGACCAAACUAACAACUUCCUCUGAGUGAGUUCAGCUAAAACUCCAACACUGCUGCUUCAACCUGCUGACACUCCACACACUGAAGCUUCACUCAGAGACUAAAUGGCUUCCAGAUCAGAGGAGGAUCUCUGCUGUCCGGUCUGUCAGGACGUCUUUAGAGAUCCUGUUGUUCUGUCAUGUAGCCACAGCUUCUGUAAAGACUGUCUGCAGAACUGGUGGAGACAGAAACAAACACGUGAGUGUCCAGUUUGUAAGAGAAGAUCUUCAAAGGUUGAACCACCUGUUAGUCUUGUGUUAAAGAACCUGUGUGAGGCCUUCUUAUUGGAGAGAGAUCAGAGAGCUUCAGAGGCUCUCUGCAGUCUGCACUCUGAGAAACUCAAACUCUUCUGUCUGGACCAUCAGCAGCCAGUGUGUGUCGUCUGCAGAGAUUCAGAAAAACACACCAAGCACAGAUUCAGACCCGUCGAUGAAGCUGCACGACAACACAAGAAGGAAGUUGAGGAAACUCUGGAGCCCUUAAAGGAGAAGUUAAAGGUUUGUGAACAAGUUAAAGUGAAGUGUGAACAAACAGCACAACACAUGAAGGUCCAGGCCCGACGCACAGAGAGGCAGAUUAAGGAGCAGUUUAAGAAGCUUCACCAGUUUCUAGAAGAGGAAGAGGAGGCCAGGAUGGCUGCACUGAGGGAGGAAGAGGAGCAGAAGAGUCAGAUGAUGAAGGAGAAGAUGGAGGCUCUGAGCAGAGAGAUAGCAGCUCUUUCAGACACAGUCAGAGCCACAGAGGACGAGCUGAGAGCUGAAGACGUCUCAUUCCUGCUCAACUACAAGGCUGCAGUGGACAGAGUCCAGCAGCGCCCCCUGCUGGAUGAUCCACAGCUGCUCUCAGGAGCUCUGAUAGACGAGGCCAAACACCUGGGCAACCUGACCUUCAACAUCUGGAACAAGAUGAAGGACAUGGUCUCCUACACUCCUGUGAUCCUGGACCCAAACACUGCUGGUCCAAAACUCAUCCUUUCUGAAGAUCUGACCAGUGUGAGACGAGCAGAGGAGGAGCAGCAGCUUCCUGAUAAUCCAGAGAGGUUUGAUUAUUACUGCUCUGUCCUGAGCUCUGAGGGCUUUAACUCAGGGACUCACAGCUGGGAUGUCGAGGUUGGAGACAGUACAGGCUGGAUACUGGGUGUGUUAGCAGAGUCUGUCCAGAGGAAGGGACUCAUACAGUCUGGAUUAUGGAGAAUAAUGUUCUAUAAAGGUGAAUACUCAGCAUGGGCACUACCAGCUCCACACACUGAUCUCCAACUGAAGAAGAAGCUCCAGAGGAUCAGAGUGAAUCUGGACUGGAACAGAGGAAAGCUGUCGUUCUCUGAUCCUGAUACUAACACACACAUACACACCUUCACACACACUUUCACUGAGAGACUGUUUCCAUACAUCCACACUGUGGACAAACUGAAGAUCUUACCGCUGAAGGUCUGUGUGACAGGUAAACAGGUCUGAGAGAGUCUUUGGUUUGAAGGUGGCGAUAAGUAAACAAAGCACUCAGUUAUUCACUUCUAAAGCUCCAGUGUGUCGUAUUCAGGGGGACAUACUGUCAGAAAUGGAAUAUAAUCGGUGUGUUUCCUUCAGUGUAUAAUCAGCUGAAAAUAAGAAUGGUUGUGUUUUGUCACCUCAGAAUGAGAUGUUAACAUCUACAUAGAGAGCAGGUCCUCGUCUACAGAGACCACAAUGUUGCACCGCCAUGUUUCUACAGUAGCCCAGAAUGGACAAACCAAACACUGACUCUAGAUAGAGACAUUCAUGUUGUCAUGCCAGCUACCGUAGUUAGCCGCCCCUCCGCAACAAGCAGAGUCAGAAAAACACUGUUUUUUAUAUAUAAUGUAUAUAUCAAUAAUAUAGUACUAGAAUAGCGUGUUAACGUUUCUCCAUAAACUAGUCAAGUUGAGGUUUACAGCGAUAUCUGUCCAGACUCACAUGUAGCCAUGACAGUUGACAGUGCUUUAAAGAUGGAUGCUGCUGCAAACAAGUUACAUAUUCUCAAACAUGGAUGCUUCACACACAGAAGAUCUAUACAAUCAGCACAGUUUCAAGAUUAGAGUCACCAAUUCAGUAUCUGACCAAAUGUCUCCCCUUCUGUUCCUGAGAUAUGACGUUAAAACAUGAUGAUGUCACAGUCAAGCUGACCUUUGACCUUUUGACAUGUUUUUUGAGGUCAUAGCGACCUUGACACUCGAAGUCUAGUAAGUUCAUCCUUAAGUCCAAGCGGAUGUUUGUGGCAAGUUUGAGGAAAAACCCUCAAAGCCUUAUUGAGAUAUCAUGAGAGUGAGACGGACACAGGGUCACAGUGACCUUGACCUAUGACCAUCAAAUUUAAAACAGUUCAUUCUUGAAUCCAAGUGUUAGUUUGUACGAAAUUUGAAAAAAUUCCCUCUGGGCCCUCCUGAGAUACUGAGUUCACAAUGAUGAGAUGUACGCAAAGUCACAAUGAUGUUGAUCUUUGACGACCAAAUUUUAUUAAGUUCAUCUCCGAGUCCAAGUAGACGUUUGUGCCAAAUAUGAAAAAUUCCCUUGUGGUGUUCUUAAUAUAUUGCAUUCACAAGAAUGAGAUGGACAUUCAGUCACAAUGACCUUGACUUUUGACCACCAAAAUCCAACCAGUUCAUCCUUGAAUCCAUGCGGAGGUUUGUGCCAAAUAUGAAGAAAUUAAUGUGUGUAUAAUUCUUUUUCUUUUAUGAGUAAAUCAGUGACUUUUCAAAGCUCUCAGGUCAGUUUCUCGUCUCUUUGUGAAUGACAAGUUUACUUUGAACAAACAGAGAAUCUACAGUUUCUCUGCUGCUGAUUUUACUGAAGAAAGAAGGACAGUGGUUUUGUUUCUAACUCAAACUUUUGUCGGCAUCAUUUAGUUCAGUUUGAUCGGUUUAAAUGUUCAUAUAUGUUAAAUAAUCUGUGAGGAAAUUCCAGGAAAUGUAAAGUCUGACGUCUUGUGAUGACAACAGAUCAAUUGUGAUUUUAUUUAAUAUAUUUUCUCAUAUCUAUACACUCUGUUCUUCACUGACUGUGUUCCACCUGUGAGUUGAGAUGUUUCUGUAACAAAGUAAGUACUGUUGUUAUGAAUGUAUUGAUCUGUAUGAAGACUGCAGGUGUUAACAAGGCUUCUGGGGGUUAAUACACUUUUCUAAAAUGUAUAUUUCAGUGUGCUUCAUUUGAAUGACGUGAAGAGGUUUCUGCUGCCAAAGCCAAUAAAACAAAGAUAAUGAAGAUAUAAACUGUGGUGAUUAUUUUACAAACUGUUUAUCUAAUGACAGAAUAAACAACAGUGGUCAUAAGAAUCACACACAGUGGUGUAAGGUAGUUGUGACGGGCCCCAGUGCACGCUAACGUGCACAUAU